UUGGCGGCCAUGUUGAAUUGAUAACAGUGUUAUGUAAGUUCGGCAAAUUGCGAGGUCAAAAUAAUUUAAACUCUUGAUAGAUUGUACUAAAAACACAUCAGAACCAUGGCACGGCCUUUGCUAAAGAUGCAGGCUUCACGUGUUUGGGGCUGUAGACUGAGACAGGUAGUGUCAUGUUCACGACUAUCUUCAACAGAAGCUUCAUCAGAGCCACAAAGGUCAUUUGGGGAUCUCAAAGAUGAGGACAGAAUCUUUACAAAUCUUUAUGGUCGACAUGACUGGAAGCUGAAGGGUGCUAUGGCUAGGGGUGACUAUUACAAGACAAAGGAAAUCAUUCUCAAAGGACCUGAAUGGAUACUGGCUGAGAUAACCAAGUCUGGUCUWAGAGGAAGAGGUGGAGCAGGUUUUCCUACUGGAAUGAAAUGGGGCUUCAUGAACAAACCAUCUGAUGGAAGACCCAAAUAUUUGGUGGUUAAUGCAGAUGAGGGUGAACCAGGAACYUGUAAAGACAGAGAAAUUAUGAGAAAUGAUCCUCACAAACUAAUUGAAGGUUGUCUUGUAGCAGGAGCUAGUAUGGGAGCCAGGGCUGGCAAUCAAUGAAGCAUACAAGGCUGGUUUGAUUGGCAAGAAUGCUUGUGGCAGUGGAUUUGACUUUGAUGUUUACAUGCAUAGAGGAGCUGGUGCUUAYAUCUGUGGUGAAGAGACGGCCCUGAUUGAAAGUCUUGAAGGAAAGCAGGGUAAACCAAGACUAAAGCCACCAUUUCCAGCUGAUAUUGGUGUAUUUGGAUGUCCUACUACUGUUGCAAAUGUUGAGACUGUUGCUGUAGCUCCUGCAAUAUGUAGACGUGGGGGAGAAUGGUUUGCUGGAUUUGGUCGACCAAGAAACACAGGAACAAAGCUUUUCAAUAUUUCAGGUCAUGUUAACCAUCCCUGUACUGUAGAAGAAGAGAUGUCAAUACCACUAAAGCAGUUGAUAGAGAAGCAUGCUGGUGGUGUUAUAGGUGGAUGGGACAAUCUGCUGGGGGUUAUUCCUGGUGGUUCAUCUACUCCUCUCAUACCUAAAGAUGUGUGUGAAGAUGUUCUGUUGGACUUUGAUGCCCUUGUACAGGCUCAGACAGGAUUAGGGACGGCUGCUCUGAUUGUAUUUAACAAACAGAGUGAUAUCAUUAGAGGUAUUGCAAGAUUAAUUGAAUUCUAUAAACAUGAGAGCUGUGGACAGUGUACCCCAUGCAGAGAGGGCUGUAAUUGGAUGCUGAAAGUCAUGAACAGAUUUGUUGAAGGAAACGCAAAGACAGAUGAAAUUGACAUGCUUUGGGAAUUGAGUAAGCAGAUCGAGGGACAUACUAUUUGUGCUUUGGGAGAUGGUGCUGCUUGGCCUGUCCAGGGUCUUAUUCGACAUUAUCGACCAGAAAUCGAGCAACGUAUGCAGGAAUUUAGUGACAAACAGAAACAAGCACAAGCUACAGCUUUGUAAAAUACCUUAACGUGUUCAUUUUAUUAUUCCUGAUUAUUAGAAUUACAGGGAAAAUAUACAAAUAAAGUUUUAUCUUUUUCGUCUCA